CAAGGAGGCGUUUUUCCAGAUGACUCUCCGGAGAUUCGGCGCCAUGCCUCGGCUGCCCCUGGCGACUCCGUUGCCGGUGCUCCCUCUCAUCCGCGCCGCUUUCGACCUGCCCGAGGCGGCGUGGACGGCCAUAGACGGUGAUAAGGACGACCUCGCGCAGGACGCAGUCAAGCUUCUCGAAGAAAAGGCUGCGCUUUUGGACGAGUACUUCAUGAUCAGCCUCCCCCGACGAAGCGUCGCCGCCACCGCCAACGACGAUGACUCCGUUGAGGGCAAGGGCGGGGAGGAGAGGGGGGCAAACGACACCGCUGGUGCUGCUGCUGCACAAGACGUUGGAGAGGAGGCGCAGGCCCUUUGCAUCUCGUCGCUACCCCUGCUGCUCGAGGGGCACACACCGGUGGGGGAAGGGCUGCCGAUGUUCCUCCUCCGCCUUGCGAUAGAGGUAAGGCGCUCGCUGGUACUCUCACUCCUGUUGUUGCUCGUGGACAAAUGGGAUGUGUCGGCUCAGUAG